GCCGUACGUGUGGGCAGAGGGAGAAGAAGAAGAAGAAGAAGAGGAAGAGGGACAGGGGGCUUGGGGCAAUGCAUUCAUUUAUAAAAAGCAAUAAACUUUUCCUAAUCCUUCGCUUCUCUUCUCAACUCUCAGCUAUCAUUUCGCCUUUUUUCUCUCUUCCAACUUAUUUUUCUUUUUUUUUUUUUUUUUUUUUUUUUAAUUGUUAACCGCCCCCAACCAACUACUCUAACCAACUGAUUUCUAUGGACGAGGUUCGCCGGCGUCCUGCCAACCACGUCCCUCAUCAUGAUUCCGCAGCCGGCGAACCACCCUUUCCUAUGAAAUCUACCUCCUCCGAUGCUCUCCCUCUCCCCCUCUACCUUGCUAAUGGGGUCUUCUUUUCGCUCUUCUUUUCGGUUGCUUACUUUCUGCUCCACCGAUGGCGGGAAAAGAUCCGUAAUUCGACUCCUCUCCAUAUACUUACCUUCCCUGAAAUAGCAGCCUUGUUUUGCUUGGUUGCUUCUGUUAUCUAUCUUCUUGGUUUCUUUGGCAUUGGCUUUGUUCAGUCUUUCACUUCCAAGGAUAUUGUUGAAGAUUAUGAUCACAACAUUCUCAAACAAGAUACUCGCCUGCCAGGCCCUUGUCCUGCUUCUCUCGACAAUGAUAAUGUCCCUCCUCUCAAACCCAAAACGACUAAAGCUGUGCCACCAAAUACUCUUGCACCCCCACCGACUUUGUCUUCUGAUGAUGACGAGAUUAUCAAUUCAGUUCUCUCUGGCUCCCUUCCUUCUUACUCCCUUGAAUCAAAGCUUGGAGACUGCAAAAGGGCUGCUGCUAUUCGCCGCGAGGCUCUUCAGAGGAUGACGGGUAGGUCGCUGGAAGGUUUGCCCUUGGAUGGGUUUGAUUACGAGUCCAUAUUGGGUCAGUGCUGUGAGAUGCCAAUUGGGUACGUCCAGAUUCCUGUUGGGAUUGCUGGGCCAUUGUUGUUGGAUGGAAAUGAAUACACUGUGCCAAUGGCAACUACGGAAGGUUGCCUUGUGGCAAGCACCAAUAGAGGAUGCAAGGCUAUUUAUGUUUCUGGAGGGGCUACUUCUACUUUGUUGAGGGAUGGCAUGACCAGGGCUCCUGUUGUCAGGUUUCAAACUGCUCAAAGAGCUGCUGAGCUGAAGUUCUUCAUGGAGGAUCCUAACAAUUUUGACACCAUUGCCCUUGUUUUCAACAAGUCAAGCAGAUUUGGAAGGCUCCAAAGCGUCCAAUGUGCUAUAGCAGGAAAAAAUCUUUACAUGAGGUUUAGGUGCAGCACAGGUGAUGCCAUGGGGAUGAACAUGGUCUCCAAAGGAGUCCAAAAUGUCCUGGAUUAUCUUCAAAAUGAAUUCCCUGACAUGGAUGUUAUCGGCAUCUCUGGGAACUUCUGUUCGGACAAGAAGGCAGCAGCUGUAAACUGGAUAGAAGGACGUGGAAAAUCUGUAGUUUGUGAAGCCAUCGUAAAAGAAGAGGUGGUUAAGAAGGUUCUGAAAACCAAUGUAGCUGCCCUGGUGGAGCUUAAUGUGCUUAAAAACCUCACUGGCUCAGCCGUGGCAGGUGCUCUUGGUGGGUUCAAUGCCCAUGCUAGCAAUAUUGUAACUGCAGUCUACUUGGCCACUGGACAGGAUCCUGCUCAAAAUGUAGAGAGUUCUCACUGUAUCACCAUGAUGGAAGCUGUUAAUGAUGGCAAGGACCUUCACAUCUCAGUCACGAUGCCUUCCAUUGAGGUGGGUACAGUUGGAGGUGGCACUCAACUGGCAUCUCAAUCAGCUUGCCUGAAUCUACUUGGAGUGAGGGGUGCUAGCAAAGAUUCUCCAGGAUCAAACUCAAGGCUUCUGGCUACCAUUGUGGCUGGUUCUGUCCUGGCAGGGGAGCUGUCCCUUAUGUCGGCUCUUGCAGCUGGACAACUUGUUAGGAGCCACAUGAAAUACAACAGAUCUAGCAAAGAUGUGUCCAAAACAGCUUCCUGAAGGGCAAUACAGAUGCCAUCUCUAGUUGAGAUGACCAGACUCAAAGUUUUAAAAUGGAAAACUAGAAAUUACUUUUUGCAUUCAAAAAAAUAUUGAAGCAUAUCAUAGUGGAUGGCAAGUGUUGUGGGGACAAGGACAAAGAUGUCCCAUGUGAAGGAACAAGUUAAAAGUAAAUAAAUAAGUAGAGCCUGUUCUUCUAGCUGGUGUUAAAUUACAGGAGCCAUGCGAGGCUGGUGGGUUAUAUCUCCAAGAUUUUUCAAGAAGCCUACAAUUGUGUGAGAUUUUAAGGGGAUUUAAAAGGUUGCCACUUAUUUUCUCCCAUAGGCUCCAACAUUUGGUAUCUUCCUCCUGCAAAUUAAACUUGUGAUAUUUCUUUGUAACAUUGUUCAUUGAAUUUGUUGUUGAUUGGUCUUCUGGUAUGUAUUAUUUAGGAAUUUAAGAACAUGUUUGUAAUAGGACUUAGAUCUGUUUAAAUAUGUACUAUCUGUCGGUGUAGCUCUUCACAUGAUUGUAUGAAACCAUCAAUUUGCCUGGAAAUGCACAUGUUCAAGAAUCUUAUUUGUUUA